AUGGCCGUCAAUUUGAGUAAGAAUGGAAUUGAGCUCAUGGCAGCCUAUAAAGACGUUUUGGAUGGAAAGUCAGAUACAAACUGGGCUCUGUUUACUUAUGCGGGAAAUAGUAACGAUAUCCGUGUAGCAGAAACAGGAUAUGGAGGUCUGGAAGAGAUGUCAGAAGAAUUCAACAGUGGUAAAGUCAUGUAUGCCUUCUGUAGAGUUCAAGAUCCAAACUCUGGUCUGCCAAAAUAUGUUCUCAUAAACUGGACAGGUGAAGGAGUGAACAGCUCAAGAAAAGGCAUUUGUGCUAACCACAUCUCCUCCAUGGCAAACUUCCUCAAGGGAGCUCAUGUGACGAUCAAUGCUCGAGAUGAAGACGACGUGGAGCCCAAAGUUAUCCUGGACAAAGUGGCGAAAGCAUCUGGUGCCAGCUUCAACUUCCGGAAUCAGAAACAAGCAGAAUAUGUGGAUGUACCCCGCGGGCCAGUGGGUUCAGUUUAUCGCAAAGUCAAUGCAGUUGAGGAAAUACAACAAAUCAAUAAAGACGACUUCUGGGACAAAGCGCAGAAAGAUGAGGAAAUCCGGAAGCGUGAAGAAAUCAAACGAGCAGGUCAUGAGCAACAGCAGCGAGAGAGAGAGAGGAGGGAGAUGGAGGAAAGCCAGUCCAAGCAGAGAGAGCAGAAGGCCAAGGAGAGAGCCCAGCAAAUCGAACAAGAGAAGAUGCAGCAGAAGCAGAGGGAGCAGGAAGAGAGAGAGCAAGAACAACAGCGCUGGAAUCUUGAUACAAGGGAAGAGAAGAGGACUGGGAUGAAUCAUGCUGCUUCUGUACAGAAAGCAAAUGAAGCAAAAUCCUUAAUUUCUCAAAGAUCCUUCAACCCGAGAGACAUCUUUAAACAGAAAGAGCAGAGCUUUGAUGCCAACAGCUCAAGCAGCCCAGGUGUUUCCAGAACUGGUAAACUGCAGAGUCCCUUCUUUAAUCAGAAGAACACUGAGGCAAAGGAUACCGACCCGCAGCCACGAUCACCCUCAACACAGCGGGACUACUCUCCUGCCCAGAACAUCUCUCCAUUGCCCCAUGAUACCAUCGGCUCACCGGAUCAGCCUGCAGAUGCUGCUUAUAAUGAAGAAGGAGAGUGGUCAGACGAGUUUGAUGACGAUGUGGAUGAAGCUACUCCUGAUCAUCAAAACUUGUAUGAGGACCCGCAGCCUGGAACAGAGGAUGACAUAUAUGAAAAUGUACCAUACACGUCACAGGCUACAGAGAACCACGUAGCUGGAAGCGGAGAAGGCAUUACUGCCAAAGCUCUUUAUGAUUAUCAAGCGACGGAUGAGACGGAGAUCACUUUUGACCCAAAUGACAUCAUAACAGGGAUUGAAAUGAUCGAUGAAGGCUGGUGGAGAGGAUUCGGACCUAAUGGAGACUAUGGGAUGUUCCCCGCUAACUAUGUUGAUCUUAUUUAA